ACUGCUCAUUGUGGUUGUGUCCUGCCAGGGUAUAUUGAGUGUGUCCUGCAGCCUGCAGUCAACAGUCAACCUGCAGUUGGUGUCGGAUGAUGUGGGGAUGUGCUAUUUAGAUAUUUAUAUGGAUAUAUAUUUGUGAAUUUUGGUAGCAUUUUAGUAUAUAAUCCUUAUGUCGAAACUAUUGACACGGCUCAAGAACGGUCCUCUCGCGAGAUGGGGGGCAUACUGGAAGCAGCUUGGACAGGACUAUGCUGAGGUUUUCCAUGACACAGUCAAAGACAUAAAAAGCCAUCCUUUGAGAUCAUCUGUCUACAUUGCUGGUACUGCCACGCUGCUGGUGGCCUGGAACACCAGUCCGGGCGACCAGCAGUUUUCUGACCAGCUGCUGGCCGCUGACGGCCGGCUGCGUCUGAUCGCGCCGCAGCUGCGCCGGCCGGCCGCCGAGCGGCACGUGCGCCGGCUGCGUCAGCUGCAGGCCGACCGCCGGCUGCAGACGCAGAACCUGGGCCCGCUCAGCCUGCUCUGGGAGCGGCCGUACCCGGAGGGCACGGCGCUGCACGCCGCCCAGUGCGACUACCUGCGGCCCAGCCGGCUGGCCUUCCACGAGCGCGUGCUGGACGUGGGCGCGUUCGGCCGCUGGUGGCAGCUGUGGCGCACGAUGCGGGACUAUGACGUCAACGACGAGCUGUUCGCGGAUAAGGCGCCGGUGGUGCCCGCAGAAGUAGAGGUGGCCACCAUCACCAAGUGAUAGCUACCCGUGUUUGCCUCAUCGUGUCGUACUUGUUUCGAUGUUGAAAUGCAAUAAUGUUUAUGUAG